UGUCAGCUGACGCACGCUGAGUUUCAUGCCAUUGCAUGAUCAAAAUGCAUAAUUGUUAAUUACAAAAAGCUUUCCGUUGCACUAUUGUUUCUAAACACCUCGGAUAAUUGAGCUGAGCUGUGGCAUCAGAUUCAGGAUAAAGACUAACGAAAGUAGACAUCUGGCAGCCGUCUGUUUCGCGAUUUCGAGGAGUUUUUCAACAUUUUUAUUUUUUUCUUAAAUUUCUCUGUAUUUGAUAAUUUGGUGAGUGGAGUCAACGCCCCGUGGCAACGGAGUUCGAUCAGUGGAACAACCAACAUAGCAUAACAGAGACCGAAGCUUUUGGUCUAAACACCUAGCUCAGGCUCAAGCAUUGCUUCGAAGCUGAUGCAACCAGAGUCUCCAGAGACUGGCACGACAAAGAUAAUGAUGGCAAAGUAUUUCAGAGCCAGAGAGUUACAACUGUUAUGUUUUCUCAUUUUUGCUUCACUCAACCUUUCCACAGGAGAGGUUCAGGAAGCUUCUGUUUUCAAGCAUGAAGAUGGCACCUUCUCUGUCAGUCCAGGCAUUGACAAAACAGGAGUUGCCUACGGGUCUUACAAUAACACCCUUUUCCAGACGGGAUGGGGAGAACUGCACCUGUUUGCGGGGUACUCGACCGGAAACAAGGCCCACUCUGACCUCGAUAGAAUGUAUGCAGCGGGCAUCUUGGAAGGUGCUCUGACAGCCAAGCAGAUAUCCCAGAACCUACAGAACAUAAAUUCAACCUUCUUCAGUCCUGAUGGUAACCCUGAGCUCUGGGCACGGGUUGUAGAUUUCUUUACAACACAAGAUACAUGGAUGAGGGAGAUGAUUAAAGAGAGGGCCAAUGAUGACCCCUUCUGGGAGGGCGUGGCUCUCGUCCUCUCCCAGUUCGAUGGCCUGAUUAUGGGGUAUAAGAUGAGUGGCUUCUCCAAUGCUACAUCAGAAGACGGUUUCCUCGCCAUGCAAGUCUUGAAUUCCUGUGGAGAUCUCAUAGACCUCAAGAAUGCUCUCAUGCCAUCUCUCAUUCCAGACUGGGACAAGCUCACCAAGAAAGAGAUCCUGAGGUUUGUCAGCACUUCUGGACAUUGUUCUGCUCUUAUCAAGGUACUGCCAGCCUUUGAGGAUGUCUUCAUGUCUCAUUCCAGCUGGUUCACAUACAGCGCUACACUCAGGAUCUACAAACAUUAUCAUUUUAAGCUUGACUUUGAAGGAAAUGCCGCUGAGGUGACUUCAUUCUCCAGCUAUCCAGGGUUCUUGGAAUCUUUGGAUGAUUUUUACAUCAUGAGCAGUGGACUGUCAAUGUUACAAACCACAAACAACGUCUUCAACAAGACACUCUACAAAUUUGUCCAACCUCAGUCACUGUUGGCAUGGCAACGGGUGCGGGUCGCCAACAUGAUGGCGAGAAGUGGAAAGCAAUGGGCAGAUAUUGUAGCCAGAUACAACUCAGGAACCUACAACAAUCAGUACAUGAUCAUCGACAGAACCAAGAUCAAACCAAAGAUUGCCAUCUUGGAUGAUGCAUUGUGGGUAGUGGAACAGGUUCCGACACUUGUAGCCUCAGGAGAUCAAACCAACAUUUUAAGAGCAGGUUACUGGCCAUCUUACAAUGUUCCAUUCUAUGAAGAGAUCUAUAACAUCAGUGGUUACCCAGAGCAAGUUAAGAAGGUUGGAUCAGACAUGACGUACCAGCUUGCUCCUCGUGCCAAGAUAUUCAGGAGAGAUCAAGGGAAGGUCACUGACAUGGAGUCUUUUAAAAAAAUAAUGAGAUUCAAUGAUUACAAGAAUGAUCCAUACUCAGAGGGUGACCCAUCCAAAUCAAUCUGUAUGAGAGGUGACCUCAUGACUGAUCCUAUUCCUGAUGGUUGCUAUGAUACCAAGGUGACCAAUCUAGCAAUGGCGGCCAAGCAGACCAGUUACGUCAUCAAUGGGCCAACUCGCGGUGAUGGUAGCCUGCCACCAUUCCAGUGGGCUGCCCCGUUCACAAGCUGGUCUCAUGUCGGACUCCCUACGCUGUAUGAUUUCAGUUUUGUAGAAAUGUGUCCUAAAGAGCUUUAGGAAUGUGUGUUGAGAUAUUGGUGAAUUUAUCGUCAAUGGUUGUUUCUGGAAACUUUGGUUAUCCUUUUUAUUCGCGUAAGGUGUGUGGGAAUAAGAGCGGGGGUGGGGGGAGGGAGUGAGAUGGGUUGAAUCGAAUGAGUAGUGGUGGUGUUGGCGGUGAGGGCAGCUUCUUUCAUCAUUUGAUCUCACAUUGAUUGGGAGGGGGUUAGGGAUCGGAGGGAAAGGGGGAAGGGUAGAGAAUGUAAUGAAUAGGCUGUAAGGGUGGGGUAGCCUCUCUAUUGUUUUAAUAUCAACAGUGAGGGGAUUGGGAAGGAAGUAAAGGUGGAGGGACAGCUUCUAUAAACAUGUGUCACAUUGAAGGGGAGGGGUGGGAUAAAGGGGUACAGAUGGUGUGCAAAGAGGGGAAGCUUUUACCACAUGAUCAUUUUAUAUCAGGGUAUGUGAAGGAAACUGUAUUGAAGGGGGUGAGGGGUAGUGAUUGUGUAAGGAUGGUAUGGGGGGGUUCUAUGAUGAUAAAAAGGGGAUCGGAUAGAGUCGGAAUAGGUACCAGUCAGUGGCGUAACUACGGGGGGGGGGGGGGGGGGCACGUGCCCCCCCCCCCCCAAUCGGCUGGCAAAAAAAAAAACGGGGAAAAGGAGAAAAAGAGGGAGAAAGGAAGAGAAACGUAGUGGGGAAAGAAGAAAUUAUUGUUCUUUAUAAUGUUAUAUUAUGUUAUAUUACAUAAGAAGCAUUUUUUUCAUAACUUUAUGAAACAUUAUUUGCUCAGGGCCUAUGUCUUCAUUGUUCCUGGUGCUCGCAUAGACUGCUUAACAAGAUAUAUAAUCCUGUUGUACUAAAACCUCCCGCUUUCAAAUCAAUAUACACCAAAUAUAUUUCCUCGCAAUUCGAGUUAUCAUUGUUUUAUGUAGUGACAUUUGCUUCUUUUUCAUUACUACUUAAAGUGAUUGCCCUAUUUUAAGGUCUUAAUAUAAAACAUUUCCUGUCCGUGCUAACGUUCGCAUUACAUGUAGUUGAUUGGUGAGAUGUCUGCUCUUCAUGAAUUCCUAAAAUAAGUCCUGAAAAUGCCAAUUUUUCUGAUCUGAAUAUAAAACAAAUUUCAGCUCGCGCUUUGCUCUUGCAUCAUUUGGUUAGUGAAAUACGUACGGUCUUAGUGAAUUCCUACAAACAAGCCUUAGAAUGUCCCUCUUCGGAUCUGAAUUUCCUAAAUUUUCAGCUCGCGCUUCCCACUCGCACUAUUUGAUUAGUGAGAUGCGUAUGAUAAUCAUGAUUACAAUGACUAGAAAAAGUGCUUCAUGUGUUUAGAUGUAAUUCUAACAAAAUCAGCAAAGGAUGGCACUAGCAUUAUAUGACUAUGCUGAGAUAUUUAUACUCUUAAUGGAUUCCUAAAAUAUAGUCCUUGAAAUGUCCCUGUUUGGGGUCAAUAGAUACAAAAUUUCAGCUCGCGCUUCGCACUCGCAUUGUUUAUUUAGCGAGACAGGUACAUAUCAUGAUUACAAUUUUUUUUUUCCCUUUUUAGGUCCGAAUAUCAAAAAUUUUCAGCUCGCGCUUU